AUGGUGUUUGGUGGAAUCUCCACAGUGGAGCUAAGUUUGUGGAUCCAGCAGUCUUUUAAGCAUUACAUCGUCGAAGACGCUAAACAGCAGUUUGGGGAAUACGAUAAAGACGGCGACGGGUAUAUAUCCUGGGAAGAAUACAACAUUCAGAUGUACGACCGCGUCAUAGACUUUGAAGACGAUUCUACGUUGGAGGACGCUGAAGAAGAAUCUUUCCGGCAGCUGCACUUAAAGGACAAGAGGAGGUUCGAAAAGGCGAACAGGGACGGAGCUUCUGGCCUGGACCUGAGCGAAUUCAUUGCAUUUGAGCAUCCUGAGGAAGCGGAAUAUAUGAAGGAGUUUGUCAUCCAAGAAGCUUUGGAGGACCACGAUAAAAACGGCGAUGGGUUUGUGAGCUUGGAAGAAUUCCUCGGCGACUACAGACGAGAUCCAACUGCUGGCGAAGAUCCAGAAUGGAUACUCGUCGAGAAGGAUCGAUUCAGAAACGAUUACGACAAGGACCAGGACGGAAAACUCAAUCCUCAAGAGCUGCUGGGUUGGGUGGUGCCGAAUAACGAGGGCAUUGCUGAGGAGGAGGCCGCGCACCUGAUCGAAGAAAUGGACUCUGACAGUAACGAAAAGCUUUCAGAAGGAGAGAUUCUCAGUAACCAGGAUCUGUUUCUCAACAGCGAAGCCACUGAUUAUGGCAGGCAGCUGCACGACGAACGUUUCUACCACGAAGAACUUUAA